AUGCUUUUCUCAUAUCCCGUUCGCCUUCCCUGGACAUCCUUGCGAUCGCUCAGGCCACUCAACCCUUCAAGAUACUUUUCAACUACCCGUGCACGUUACACCAUCGACAUGGGGACCGUGGAUACCACCGCUCGGCUUUCGCAGCUGAGAAAGCUGAUGCAAGAGCACAAGGUUGAUGUGUACAUUGUGCCCUCCGAAGACAGCCACCAGUCUGAGUACAUUGCCCCGUGCGAUGGUCGUCGAGAGUUUAUUUCCGGUUUCUCUGGUUCCGCCGGUACUGCGGUCGUUUCUAUGACCCAGGCUGGUUUGUACACCGAUGGACGGUACUUCAACCAGGCCGCCAAACAGCUCGAUAGCAACUGGACCCUACUGAAGCGUGGAGUGGAAGGUGUUCCUACUUGGCAAGAAUGGACAACGGAGCAAGCUCAGGGCGGAAAGGCCGUCGGUGUCGACCCGUCCUUAAUCACUGGCUCUGGCGCACGCAAAUUGGCAGAGACCUUGGAGAAGAAUGGCUCUUCCUUGGUAGGCAUCCAACAGAACCUGGUUGACCUGAUCUGGGGCAAGGACCGACCCUCUCGCCCAAGCGAAAAGGUGCGGGCGCACCCGGUGAAGUAUGCCGGCAAGACCUUCCAGGAUAAGAUCGCCGAUCUGCGCAAAGAUUUGGAAUCGAAGAAAAAAGCGGGAUUCGUCAUCUCAAUGCUGGAUGAAAUUGCUUGGUUGUUCAACCUGCGAGGAACCGAUAUCCCUUACAACCCUGUGUUCUUUUCAUACGCUGUCAUCACCCCAACCACAGCAGAGCUUUACGUGGAGGAAGAAAAGCUGACCCCAGAGGUGAAGGCUCAUCUUGGCAACGAUGUGAUCAUCAAGCCAUACGACUCUAUCUACGCCGAUGCUCAGGCUCUGAGCAGUGCUAGAAGCCAAUCUACAGGAGAGGCACCUACCAAGUUCUUGCUGUCUAACAGAGCCUCCUGGGCCCUGAGCCUUGCCCUUGGAGGCGAGGAGCAGGUCGAGGAGUCUCGCAGCCCUAUUGGAGAUGCCAAGGCUGUUAAGAACGAAGUUGAGUUGGAGGGUAUGCGUGCCUGUCACAUUCGGGAUGGUGCAGCUUUGACCGAAUACUUCGCCUGGCUCGAGAAUGAGCUCAUCAACAAGAAAACCGUUCUCGAUGAAGUUGAUGCCGCUGAUAAGCUGGAGCAGAUUCGUUCCAAGCACGAGUUGUUCGCCGGUCUGUCAUUUGACACUAUUUCGUCCACUGGCCCUAACGGUGCUAUCAUUCACUACAAGCCUGAGAAGCACAGCUGCGCGAUCAUCGACCCUAACGCUAUCUAUCUCUGUGAUUCCGGCUGCCAGUACCUUGAUGGAACCACCGACACUACCCGAACCUUUCACUUCGGCCAACCUACCGAAUUCGAGAAGCGGGCUUUCACCCUGGUCCUUAAGGGCUGCAUUGGCAUCGAUACCGCAGUCUUCCCCAAGGGUACCAGCGGUUUCGCUAUUGAUGUUCUGGCUCGUCAGCACCUGUGGAAGGAGGGCUUGGACUACCUCCAUGGCACCGGCCACGGAGUUGGUUCUUAUCUGAAUGUCCACGAGGGCCCCAUGGGCAUUGGCAUCCGUGUCCAGUACACCGAAGUUCCAAUUGCCCCCGGAAACGUGAUCUCAGAUGAACCCGGAUACUACGAAGAUGGAAAGUUCGGUAUUCGUAUUGAGAACAUUAUCAUGGCUCGCGAAGUCAACCCUCCUCACAACUUCGGUGAUAAGCAGUGGAUCGGCUUCGAGCACGUUACUAUGACCCCUAUUGGUCGCAACCUGAUUGAGCCAUCUUUGCUGAGCGAUACUGAGAUCAAGUGGGUGAACGACUACCAUGCUGAGGUGUGGGACAAGACACACCACUACUUCAACUCGGAUGAAUUGAGUCAGAAGUGGCUCGAGCGUGAGACCAAGCCCAUCUCUAAAUAA